AUGUCCCUUCCAGGUCAAACCGUCACCAGGGUCAUGGAGAGAAACACCCCCAAGAAAGGUGCUUCGAAAUCCAAACAGAGGCAUAAGGUCUUCAUGGAGAUUUCCAAAUACUUCUCACACAAUCAGUGGAAAAAGCUGAGCUAUUCAGAGAAGAUCACUUGUGUGUAUUUGAAAAGAAACUACACCACCAUGUCUGCUCUAGGUCUCACAGUCACUCCACCAACUUUCAUGCGCGUCCAUAAGGAGGAGGUGCUAAACGAUGACGAUUCAGACAGAGCUUGCAGCCAUGAGGUCAAGGAUGAAUUGCCUGAGAAGUCUCGGAAAGGUCUGAUGACGCCUAAGAAGCCAACACAGAAAAACAGAGAUCCGGAGAGUGUGGCAGAAGCACCUGGUGAAGAACCGGCUGCGAGAGCAGAGUGCCUCCUGGGAGAAGCAAGCACCUCCACAGAGAAGUCUUCGGUACCUGAUUUCAGGAAGAAAAAGAUGAACAUCUGGAGCGACCGGCUGCGUAAACAGAAGAAUGUCGUGGUGUAUGAAGAGAUCAGCGAGCCAGAGGAAGAAGACUACUUCGACUGAGUCUCCUGGGGGAAGUCCGUGAUGAGGAGAAAACCUGGUGGCCUUUUGCAAUCAGCAAUCACGGACAUGGC